AUGAGCUAUAGUUCGGCAGUAGGAGAGUGUUCGAGUGUUAAUUUCAACUACAUGUGCAACACUGCAGAAACUAUUAUACCUACCUAUCUACCUACACUCGUGGUUUAUAAUCUCGAAAGAUCGCAGGCUGGCGGUCGACAAGCAAUUGAUGUAUUCGUAUCCAUGCAAGCACACGACACAUCUCGCUUAGGCACACAUACUAUUCUGUUCUGCUUUUGUGACUGUUUUAACCUCCAGGAAGCGACAAUUGACGAUCUAAAGUUGACAGUUGACGAGUGCUCGGGAGCGGUGGAGAUGGUCGAGACACUGACGGAGCAACAGCUGGAUCUGGAGGAGCAGAUCCGCGAGUAUAAGGACCAGAUUGCAGAGUUUGAG